GUUCGAAUAAGGAUGAAUCGAAUAUUCAAUCAUCGAUUCGAAUAGAUCCCAUCCGAUCAUUUCGAUUUGCCAACCUCGCCUUUUCUCACAACCAAAGAGCAAGAAAGAAAGAGCCCUUGCCAACAACAAUUGAUCGAUCCAUACUGCUUGACCAUGGCACUACUUCUUCCGCUAGAUCAGCAACAGCAACAGCAACAACAGCAACCUCCACAAGAGGAAGAAGAGACUCUCGAGUCUGUGGCCGAGCGACUCCGGAACAAUGAAGGUGGAUGUUCCUGUUUGAAUGUCCGCAUGAAUCCCGGCUAUGAAGCCGCCGAUGUGAUGCUGCUGGUGGAUGCCGUGCGAGCCAACGAGAGUUUGGAACAAGUGGAGUUCUUUGGUAUUUUGGCCGAUGACGAUGUCAAUCAAGCCACACAACUGUUAGUAGAAUCCUUUGGGACACUACCGAAACUCAAAUUGCUACAAGUGUCGGGACAUUGCGACAACUUGAUGGGGGUCCUGAGUCGAGUUUUGGCAGAUGUGUCGUUGACCCUCCAACAAUUGUCUCUGGUCUAUGUGCAGCUAAGUGGUCCUCCAAAUGACUUUCAUUCCUUUUAUCGAUCUCUGGCAGCCCUCCAAAAGCUAGAAUCUUUUCGAUUGGUCGACUGCCAAUUUCCUCGUCACUUACAAGAUGUCGGCAUUCUGGAAACAAUCCUCCAUCGACUUGCCCAUCUACCGGUACCACUCCUCCAUACACUCGAAGUGGCACCCAUUCACGAAAAAGCACUUGGAGAUGUCAUAAGUAUGACUACUGCCUUUACACAACUCUUGGCACGACAAUCCACCACACUCCGGCAUUUGCAUGUCUACGGCUUUUUUCGUGGACAGGAAAUUGUGGUGCCUCUCUGUCAAGCACUCGCAAGUUGCCAUGCCAUUCAAAACGUGCGAUUGGCCAGUACCUUCAGUCAAGAUCAUUGCACAGCCAUUGCCACACUCAUGGAACAACAUCCAACCUUGCAGAAACUGCAUCUCGACAUGAUGGUGGCCCCCGAAACCAAUGGAGACACCACCCAGUUACGGUUGCUGGCACUAGCACUCCAGCACAAUAAUACCAGGCUGACACAUUUGAACAUUUACGCCACCAACCUGGUCCGAUCAUUGUUGGCGGACGAAUUUGGAACAGCCCUGCAGCACUAUAAUUAUUCCCUGCAACAUCUCCACUUGUUUGGGUGUGGUUUGUCUGUGGAGAGUUUUCCGUGCCAUUGUAAAGAUUAGCGGAGGGUAGUAUUCAAGCCUUCUUGCUGGCUUGUGUAAUGAGUUGCCAGUUCUAGCU